AUGUUGAUGAUGCUUUACAAAUACUCUUUGAUGUCUUUAAUUCUUUUAUUCUCAUUGUUCAUUUCCAUUGCUGGCAUGGCUCUCAACUAAAUCUAUCUCUCUGAAAAUGAAGUUAUCCAUCCAUAGGAUUUCAAAAGCACUAAUGAUGAAAAGCAAUAUUACUUAGAACAGGAGGAUUAACAGGAAUAUGUGUCAGCUGAGACAGUUCAGGAUAUGAUAGUCAAAUUAUACAGUUUGCAGUUGAGAGUGCAUACGAUGGUUGAGGAUGUUUUUUCUUUGAAUAAUAUGAAACUAACAAUUAAAGUACUGAUUAGCAUGAUAGCAAUGUUUUUAAUAACAUAUGUAUUAAGUGACGUUGCUUUCAUUUGGAUUGCAGUAAACAUAAUGUUAUUCUGGCCAUUUAUUCACAAGAAAAAAGAAGCUUAAAUUGAUUCAAUAGUGCAGAGAAUUAAUGAUAAAAUUGACAAUAAAGUUUAGUCUUCUGGAUUUUUAAUGAGAAGGUAACAAAGAGCACCUAGUUCUGUGACUGAGUUAAAGAAAAAUCAAUGA